AAUUGCGGUACAAAUCGAUCGUUUGCGAGUAUGUAGAUAAAUGCUGCUAAACACGGACUGAUGCGGUUCACGCGAAUAUAUACAAGCAAAACGAAGGGGGAGCCCAGAUUAUUCAUAACCUCCUAAAAUGUCCGACGACGAGGAUUUGGUUUACGUGAAGAAACAGAAAACUGUCCAUUAUGGCUCUCUGGAGGAGGCAGAACGUGCACGACUUGCAGCUGCAGUCGAAACUGCGGACGAGGAAAAGGAUGUCACAAGUACAAACGAUGUCGCCAAUGUUACCGCUUCCGGGGGAAAUGUACACAUUUCAAACGAGUACAUGGAGCUCGAGGAUGAAAUGUCCAAGGAUCGGCAGGCGCUGCUGGAAGAAUUUGAGCGUAGGAAAAAGGCCAGACAAAUCAACGUCUCUACAGAUGACUCCGAGGUAAAGAAACACUUGAGACAAUUGGGCGAGCCAAUUUGUCUCUUCGGCGAAGGACCAGCAGAUAGAAGAACAAGAUUAAGGGAAUUAUUAGCCAGCGUGGGUGAGGAUGCUAUUAAAAAGAAACACGAAGAAGAAGAGAAACCGUCUCACCCAAUCGAAAAGGAUACGGAGUCGACUUGGUACCACGAGGGUCCAGAUUCCUUGCAAAUUGCACGAUCGUGGAUAGCGGCGUAUUCGUUGCCCAGAGCAAGGGCACGACUGGAUAAGGCAAGGCAAGACCUACUAUUGCCAGCUGCAACUCGUACAGCGAAGAGACAAGAACUUUUGAAGAAGUUGCAAGCGUUGAGCAUUUAUUGCUCUCAAAUCGGUGACAGGAGGCCCAUUUCCUUUUGCCAGUUCAGUCCUAAUUCAAAAAUCCUUGCUACAGCUUCAUGGUCGGGCUUAUGCAAGUUAUGGUCUGUACCCGACUGUACUUUGUUGCGCACUUUACAAGGACACAAUUGUAAUGUUGGCUGUAUUGUUUUUCACCCAAAAGCUACAAUAACCGAAGAUGUGGUAGGUGAUAAUGCAGAACAGACUUGCGUGCUGGCAUCUUGCGCAGCAGAUGGUACUGUGAAACUUUGGGGUGGUGGCACUGGCGAAGAACCAUUAGCGGAAGUGGAAGGACAUGAACCUCACAGAGUUUCCAGGAUAGCUUUCCAUCCAUCUGGACGAUUUCUCGGUACGUGUUGCUACGACGCAUCUUGGCGAUUGUGGGAUUUGGAGCAACAGGCGGAGGUGCUUCACCAGGAGGGUCAUGCUAGAGCGGUGCACUGUAUUAGCUUUCAAUGCGACGGAAGCGUUUGCGCCACGGGCGGGCACGACUCUUUCGGCAGAGUAUGGGAUUUGCGUACCGGCAGAUGCAUAAUGUUUAUGGAGGGUCAUUUGACAUCGCUCUUCGGCAUCGAUUUCUCGCCAAACGGUUUUCACAUAGCGACGGCAAGCGAGGAUAACACCUGCAAGAUAUGGGACUUGCGGAAGAGAACUUGCAUAUACACGAUACCAGCGCAUACCAAUUUGCUGUCCGACGUGAAAUACCAGAGAACAGAAGGGCAAUACUUGGUUACUGCAUCUUACGACAGCACAGCCAAAAUCUGGUCCAACAAGACAUGGCAGCCUCUCAAGAUGUUACCAGGCCACGAUGGAAAAGUCAUGUCCGUCGACGUAUCGCCCGAUCAUAAGUUUAUCGCAACCAGUUCGUAUGACAGAACUUUUAAGUUAUGGGCUCCGGAAUGAAAUACUUGAGAGAACAUUCCUUCUCAACAACUGUCUCAAAUAUCAUAAAAAUUUAUCUUAGUGCGUUUUUUAUACAAAAGUAGUGCAUAAACAUACGAAAUAUUCGUGUGAAAUAUAAAAACAUUCGAUUUGUUCAUCACGUAUAUUGCAAUUUUAUGUGAAUUGCAUAUUAAUAUCAUUG